UAAGUGGUCGCUGCUGAACACUGGUAAAGGUAGGUGCCCUUUGAAUAUCCAUUGUGUUCUUGUCCGUUCAUCGUUUGCGUAAAUACGCCCAAGUUCAUCGGCUAAACAGUCCUGGCUCUGUAAAUUAUGGGAAGCAAAUAUAUGUGGUUCGGACCGAGCCAUAAACAAUAAUGCCAACCAAUUAACUGAGGAGUGUCUUAGGAACAUUGAAGGAAUUCAUAUAGGCUAACAGUGCGGCUGUAGAGCGCAAAUAGCGCAAAAACCUUCCCGAGAACCGAAACGAAUUGGAUAAAAAUGCCUAUUUGAUCUAAUUUUAGAAUUAAUUAUUAUUCAUUGACAUAUCACUGUGAAUCUUGCAUUUUUUAAUGACUAUCGCGCCACCUUAACAAUGUUUAGCCUGCCUACGAUCACGCCAAUGCAGAUGUUAGUGAGCAUGCUUCUGUCAACGAUGUAACGCCUUCCACAUAACGUAGGUAACAUUUAAUAUGGCCAAGCCUCAUAGUUUUCAAGAGUAGCGGAAGCCUGUAACCUAUUUAGACUUUCGCUCAUACAUCUUAUUAAUUUCUGGCCAUAAUAAAGUUAGGUGGUUUCGAAGGGCAUCGUCGCCGUCAGUGGCCAUACGCAAAGCUGCGUUUAUGGUGUCACCAUCACAGUGAGAGUUAAUUUACAAGGCAACCGUCUUUCAUUCUGCACGAUCUCACGUGAUUUUCUCGAGCUUCAAGAAAAUACUUCUGGUAAACUACUAGAUUUUCCAUCUGUUGAGCUUUUUUUUUAACCUACUUGUGUUCAUUUGUAGGCUACUCCUGCUGACUCUUAAGUAGGGACACAUUCAUUGAGGAACAAAUGUAUUAACUCUGGCUUUCACAGCUCACCCUAACCUCAACCCUUUCCCUCCCUUCAGAUAUGAGGUGCUGCGAUCAGCACCUGAGGCGGACCGAGCCGGCCCCCGGGAGCAGCUGCAAUGAACCGGUGACCCCUGCACCACACUCGCGCCGCAACGGCUGGUCAGCGCGACCCACCCCCCAGCAGCUGGUUUCCUACUUCACCUACAUUUACUUGGUUGUUGUCGGAUUUGGGAUCUACAUCCCACUGCUGCCCUCCCCAUGGGACUCGUUGGCCUAUGGUCAUCUUGGAUUUUUCUUUGUUCUUCACCUGGUUACCCACAUUGCAGCUGUGUUGAUAGACCCAGCAGAACCCAUUGUGCGCGCCAGAAACUACGCCUCUACCUUGCCGACCUUUGACAAAAGCCAACAUGCACAUGUCAUCCUUGACCUACACUGUAAAAUCUGUGAUAUUGACGUGGGACCUCGAGCUAAACACUGCAAGGCUUGCAACAAAUGUGUUACAGACUUUGACCACCACUGCAAAUAUAUGAAUAAUUGUGUGGGGAGGAGGAACUAUUGGUAAGAGGAAACUUGGCUUUGAGUAUAAUGUGUUUCUUUGG